CCGGACGGCGACGGUGGAAAAUAUGUUCGGGAUCGAGAAGGGCCGGGUUCGGUCCUUCGGCGACCUUUUGUCUACGUUUAGUCUCGUAUACCCGGAUGGCUUGCCACGGCAGCGAGUGCAAGAACGUUCUUCGUCGACCGAUCUUGCUGCAAGAAGGGGAGUUUUCAGCAGACGACACUAUGGUUCGGUGGAAAUGCUCGCAUCCUGCGACGGCGAUUCUGAAAACAUCGUUCGAAGGUUCAGGGUCGAGACUGGAGAACGAUCCGACAAAGAAGAGCUGUUUGGAUCGCCCAGCACGCCUGUUUUGGAGAAUCCAGAGUAUCAGACGCGCUGGUACUUCAAGUACUUUCUCGGCAAACUGCACCAAAACUACGUGGGUUCAGACGCGGAGAAGACGGUCUUUUUCCUAUCCGUCGUACUGGCUGAUUCCAACACACAAGGAUUGCAGCAGUACCGGGCCAUACUGUGGAGGAAAACGGGUGCCCAACGGAUAUGUCUGUCCCACACGCCUAGCAAACCUCUGACGGUGAAGUCCAUUCUAAGCAAUUUUGAAAGUCUGGACAGGAUCGAGAAGGGUCCCAAGGAGAUAUUCACACCCGACGUGCAAAAGGAUCUUCUGCUAUUGGAGGAACAAGAGGGUUCCGUGAAUUUCAAGUUUGGCGUCCUGUAUGCCGAAGCCGGCCAGAAUACCGAUGACGAGAUGUUCAGCAAUGAACUGGGCAGCCGAGAGUUCGACAGGUUUGUCAAUCUUCUCGGGGAGAAGGUACGCUUGAAAGGAUGGGACAAGUACAGAGGCGGCCUGGAUGUCAAAGGAGACAUGACCGGAAAGUACUCUGUGUACACCAUAUACGAGGGCCACGAGAUUAUCUUUCAUGUGUCCACGCUGCUGCCUUACUCCAAGGACAACAAGCAGCAGGUUGAACGCAAGCGCCACAUCGGUAACGACAUCGUCAACAUCAUCUUCCUGAACGGGAGCUACGAGGACCACUGCAACUUCAAGCCAUCGAUGAUCAAGUCUCAAUUCACCCACAUCUUUGCUGUGGUGUCCUACAUCCGCGAGGAGGACGCGUACAGGAUAUCGUUGUUCUCUGAAGAGUCGGUACCACUGUUCGGCCCCUCGCUGCCGUGCCCGCCAGUGUUCCAGAACCACCAGGAGUUCAGAGAGUUCGUCCUUGUAAAACUGAUCAACGGCGAAAAGGCUGCCUUCAACACACCCAUCUUCGCGCAGAAGAGGGAGCGGACAUUAGACAUGCUCAUCAAGGACCUCUAUAACGAGCACAUGUCCGACAGCCGGAGUAACAUGCUCAACAGGCGGGCGUUUAGCGACGUGUUGCCAGAGACGCCCAGAGGCUCUCGGCGGAAAGAAGAAGCCAGACAGGUGGAAUUCGUACGGAUCGGCCAGGCUCUCAAGCUUGAUACGAUCGUCAAGGGUGAUGCACCCACUAGUCUUGCCACAACUAGUCUCUUCAAACGAGAACCUUGGGAACCCCAAUGUUUCUAUCCCGACUUUCCACAUGAAAUCAUCUGUGGGGACUCGUGGGGAAACAACAAGCUCAUCCUAGGAACGGAGGCGGGCAUUUUUUUAAUCGAAGAAGGACUCACGCACCGGCUCAUCUUCGACAAAACCGUUCAAGUGAAGCAGAUCAGCGUCGUCGAGGCCCACGGCAUUCUGCUCUUCCGAACCGACCGAGGAAGAGACAGCAGGGUCCAUGUGUUUCGGUUGACUGAUUUCGAAGGGGACGCCACGAACGCUCUCGUGAGAAGUCGACCAGACCUAAGAGAACACAAGUUGGAACGCACCAAAGGGUGCCACCUGUACGCGCUGAGCCGUCCGGGCGGCAGCCACCUGCGCAUGGUGGCGGCCGUGGGCCGUCGCCUGCUGGUUCUCCAGUGGCGGCACUCUGCCGCCUGGACCACCUGGUGCGCGGCCUCCGACACGGACACGGUGGAGGGCUUCCAGAUGGUGCGCGAGCUACUCGUGUCCGAGGCUCCGGCCGUUGUGAGCCUCGUGGACAGCCCCACGGCGUGCGGCGACAACCACGUGUGCGUCGGCUACCGGCAUCAGUUCGACCUGGUCAACGAGAAGACGGGAGACGCGACGCGGCUCCACUCGGUCGACGCCUCCAAGGUGCACCUGGUGGCAGCCGUUGACAUCUACGAGGAUGACGAGGCGGAGCUCCUCCUCUGCUACAACCAUACGACGCACUUUCAGAAGCUGAGUGAUGAGAACACCACUGAAUUUGAUUUUCAGUGGAAUGCAGUGCCUGACAACAUAGUGUGCGUGUUUCCAUACAUUAUGGCAUUCACCUAUGAGAGCAUAGAGAUCCGGUUGAUCAUCAACGGGAACCUUGUGCACAACAUGGUCAUGCCCAAGCUGAAACUCAUCACUUCAAAGAGCGACAUCUUCUUUGUGAGCACAGCGCCGGAGUUCUUCCAGGUGCGAAAGGAGCGCGUCAAAGAGGAUCGCAUGGAACGAGACCCCAGCGUGUCGCCUCCAUCCUCGCCACAUUCCACGGGCAGUACGGGCUCCAACGACGGCACGAAGCCUCUCCGGGUGUACCGCAUCUCGUUCAGCUGCCUGACGGGCAACUCGCCGUGCGAGCGGCGUGUGCCCACACCUUCGCUGCCGUCGCCACAGCCCCUGCUCACCACCCCGUCUUUCGGAUCGUCGUACCUGUCGCCCGACUUCCAGGAGGGCUCCCGCCUGCGGCCGGACCCGCGGCCGAGUCGAAGUGCCACCGCGUCGCCGGUGCCGCAGAUGCCCCUCCUGCUGCCAGGCUGCCGCUCGGUGUCGCCCAAGCGCCAGGGACUCCACAAGGACCACACGCACUCCGCGAGCUCGGACUCGGGGCUCGGCAAGAGCGUCAGCUCUAGCCCGCCCCCUAGUCCCUACAACCACGUCUAGCACUGUGAUGGCUCCCCCGCAAGGGCCCGGAGGCGUAUGGGCGUCUUCCACGACGCGACGCGCCUAUUCGUGCAACGCUCUUCCUUUUUCUUUUUCUCUUGUAUGGAAAUGCAAGGUAUGCCCUCCGCUUUGACAUGUACAUAUGCGACGUCGAUGGCGCAAACGAGAUAUAGAGAGAACAGAAAAGCGCACCCUUCGCGAUUCGCUGCGAUAUCUUCUUCGUAGUGACUGUUUGAUAUCCCCUCGCAUUGAUACGUUUUACUUUCUUUUUUUUCCCCUUGUGUAUACUACUCUAUUAUUUCGAAGGAGGUGUACAAAUCUGCCUACGGUCCGCGAAAAUUAGUGGGCUGAGGCCAAAAACAAGUUACGCGGAUGCUACAGAUUUUAAGGUCCUUGAAUUAUCUUGCGUGCAAGGGGUGCACAUGCUUGCGCCUUUUUUUUUUGCGAUAUUUUGUCGGAUGUGGUA